AUGGCAGACGGUGCGACAAUCUGGGGUGACAAUGUGCUUGACCCAGUCAGAGCCUGGGUGGUCAACUUCUUUUCUGCGGCCGACACCAGAGGAGAACAAGCCGCGCAACAAUUUGCGGACUGCUUUUCUGAAGAUGCUCAUCAGGAGGGCAUGGGGGCUCCAUUGAACGGCCGAGAAGAGAUUCGCAAGUCACGCCUUGGGGCGUGGGAUUCUGUCGAAACUCGGAAGCACGUGCUGCACAAGGUGUACAGUCUGGACAGCACUUCCCGGGACAUCCUCAUCCUGGGGAAACUGGAAAGCAUGCUCAAGAAUGGGAAGUCCUUCGAAAUGGAAUUCGCCGCGCAAGCCAUCUUCGAGGAUGCGACUUCAAGCUCGCUGAAAUGCAAGAAUUACAAGAUAUGGGCGGACAAGAGAAUCGCCUUGGAAGCUGCCAAGCAGUAG